GGACAAUAACCAUGUUCAGGCUGUCGAUUUCGUUGCAGAGAACAGCUCGUGCCAGAUGCAGAUUUAUAUCCACGGUCACGUCUAAAGAGGCUUUCCUGGAACCCUUCGUUUCGGACCCAGCCAUCGCUUGCCUUUCCCUCAACAGACCACAAGCCAAGAAUGCCAUCUCGUUGAGACUUUUGCAGGAGUUCCAGGAUUGUUUGGAAAUGGUAAAAUACGACAAGCGCGUCCGCGCACUCAUAGUUCGCUCGACGACCGUCGGUUCUUUCUGUGCAGGUGCUGACUUGGCAGAACGUCGCACUAUGACCCAAGUUCAGAUUGCCAAGUUUCUUGCUGAUUUGCGUUCAGCGCUCGGACAGCUCGAGUCGCUCCCUAUGCCCACCAUAGCCGCAAUAGAUGGACCCGCCUUGGGUGGAGGUCUUGAGCUUAGCUUUGCCUGUGAUUUACGCGUGGCAGGGCAUAGUGUUACGAAAAUCGGUUUGCCAGAGACGCGUCUAGGAAUCAUUCCUGGUGCAGGUGGCACGCAGCGUGCAGUACGCUUAUUGGGUUUGUCCAAAGCGAAGGAUCUCAUAUUUACUGCACGCCUGUUGACUGCUUCAGAGGCUUUGAAGUGGGGCGUCGUUGACUAUGUAUCGUCAGAAGGAUCAUCUGCGUUUGACCGUGCCGUGAUCCUUGCCAAAGAUAUUGCGAAGAGUGCUCCGCUGGCCCUACGUGCAGCCAAGCAGGCUAUCUCUCGCGCGUCAGACCUAUCUCUGGAAUCAGGCAAGUUAUGUCUCGACUUUGAACGUGCGUCGUACGAGGUACUGCUGAGUACGAAAGAUCGUCUUGAAGCCCUGGAAGCAUUCAAGGAGAAGAGACCACCUGUUUUCAAAGGAGAAUAAACAUGGACGUCUUUACAAGAGCAAGUGUACGAUUAUAUAUAUAUAUAUAUA